AAGUAGCGACGAAGGAAAAUGCCUGAACCCGCAAAGUCCGCGCCCAAGAAGGGCUCCAAGAAAGCCGUGACUAAAACCGCCGGCAAGGGCGGCAAGAAGAAGAGAAAGACCAGGAAGGAGAGCUACGCCAUCUACGUGUACAAGGUGCUGAAGCAGGUGCACCCCGACACCGGCAUCUCCUCCAAGGCCAUGAGCAUCAUGAACUCGUUCGUCAACGACAUCUUCGAGCGCAUCGCCUCUGAGGCCUCCCGCCUGGCUCACUACAACAAGCGCUCCACCAUCACCUCCAGGGAGAUCCAGACCGCCGUGCGCCUCCUGCUGCCCGGUGAGCUGGCCAAGCACGCCGUGUCCGAGGGCACAAAGGCCGUGACCAAGUACACCAGCUCCAAGUAAACUGCAGCUCUGCUGCAUCCACCCAACGGCUCUUCUCAGAGCCACCCACUUCUUCUAAAGAGCACAUGUCCACACAAAAUUUUAAAGUAACACGAACUGUUGAAAACUGUGUAGUACUUCAAAGUCAAAAGCAAUCAG